AUGGACAGAGUUACUUUUAAAAUAAACGGCGUAAAACAUUCAGUUGGUCAUGAAGUGUCUUCAACUACGACUCUUCUGGAUUAUAUCCGGAAAGUCGCAGAGCUGCGUGGUACCAAGUACAUGUGCAAGGAAGCCGGCUGUGGAGCCUGUAUAGUGAGUUACUCCAGACCAUCUGAUGAUGCAGCUUUUGGGAGACAUAUUGUGCAAGGCGUGAACUCUUGUAUGGUGUCAAUUACUUCCUGCCAAGACUGGGAGAUCACCACCAUUGAGGGCAUUGGAAACCGGCUGAAAGGAUACCACCCGCUGCAGGUCACCCUUGCCAAAGACAAUGGCACACAGUGCGGCUACUGCAGCCCUGGCUGGGUCAUGGCUAUGUACAGCUUACUGAAGACAAAACCUCGUACUAUGUUAGAAAUCGAAAAAGAUCUAUCGAGCAACAUAUGUAGAUGUACUGGCUAUAGACCUAUCAUGGACGCUUUUAAGAAAUUUGGAACAGACGCUCCACCUAACGUCAUGAUAGAUAUUGAAGAUCUAAAAAUUUGUGAAAAAACAAAUAAAAUAAGCAAAUGCAAUAGACCAACUAAUAGCAAAUUAGAUAAAGAAUGGUAUCUUGUAUCCAAAGAUGAAGUACCUAAUAAAAUCAUACAAAUAGAGCUGCACGACCACAGACUUUGGUACAGAGUGGAGUUACUGAUUGAUAUUUUUAAUAUUUUCAUGGAACAAGGAACGAAUUCCUAUAUGUUGAUUAACGGAAACACUGGAAAAGGUGUUGUUCCUCUACUGGAGUAUCCAAGAUUACUUAUAGAUAUCUCUUGUGUGUGGGAGCUUCAAGGUUAUUACAUAGACCAAAACCUGGUGGUCGGUGCCGGCACGACACUCACUAAAGUUAUGGAAAUAUUCGACAAAGUCAGUGAAGACGAAUAUUUUGCUUACUUGAGGGUGCUAAAUGAACAUUUGGAAUUGGUUGCUCACAUCCCUGUGAAAAACAUAGGAACCUUAGCAGGUAAUCUGAUGGUAAAACACCAUCAUCCUGAAUUUCAGUCUGACAUAUUUUUGUUAUUGUCAACUGUAGGAGCAGAGCUCACUAUAUUGCAAGGACCAGGUCUCAUGGAAGUAGUACCUAUGCAUCAAUUUCUACAAACUGAUAUGACGGGAAAAGUAUUAUUGAAUGUUUUAUUUCCACCUUUAAAUAGUCAGUAUAAAAUUUGGACAGAUAAGAUUAUGCCUCGGGCACAAAACUCACAUGCCUACGUAAAUUGUGGCUUUUUAUAUAAAUUGGAUAGAAAAAAUAAAGAAGUUUUUGAAUGUAGAAUUGCCUAUGGUGGCCUAUCUCCUACUUUCACUAGAGCAGUAAGAACAGAAAGCUAUAUUGUUGGACGAGAACUUUUCACAAAUGAAACAUUACAAGGAGCACUAGAAGUUUUAAGUAAGGAAUUAGAUCUUUUCGUGGUUCCGAUGCCACCAAACCCUUCAGUAGAGUAUAGAAAACAAUUGUCUUUAGCACUUUUUUAUAAAGGUCUUCUAGCCUUAGCUCCAAAACAUAAAGUAAAUUCUUACUAUGCAAGUGGAGCUAUAAAACUUCACGAAUCAAGGGGCUUGUCUAGAGGUCAACAGGAUUUUGAAACCGAUCCAACUACAUAUCCCGUGAAUCAACCAAUACCAAAAUUAGAGGGUGUGCUUCAGUGUGCUGGAGAAGCAAAAUAUUCAGAAGACGUGCCUACUCUACCAGGAGAAGUUUACGCAUGUUUUGUACUUACGACUGUCCCGUUGGGUAAAAUAGUUAAAAUAGAUCCUAGUAAAGCAUUGGAACGUCCAGGCGUUAUCGCAUUUUACUCCGCUGCUGACAUUCCUGGCUUAAAUAGUUUUACGCCAGUUGAUGAGAAAUACAUAACGCUCUUCAAACUAAACGAAGAAGUUCUGUGUAAUGGUGAUGUUAAAUAUUACAACCAGCCUUUGGGAAUUGUUGUCGCAGAAACCGAAAGAUUAGCACAAAUCGCGUCUAAAUUAGUACACGUUACUUAUACUGAUGUUAAAAAGCCUGUGAUAGAUAUAAAAGAAGCUAAAAAGAUUCCAUCAAGAAACACCCUGACUCUAAACAUACCACCCACGAGAGUGGGUCCAAAUGUGCAACGUGUCAUUACUGGAGAGAAGACUGUCUAUUCUCAAUACCACUUUUGUAUGGAAACAUUAGUUUGUGUUUCACAUCCAACAGAAGAAGGAAUACGAGCUUAUUCCUCUACGCAGUGGAUAGAUUCCGUUCAAAAUAUGACAUCUCAAUCUUUGAAAAUGGACAUGAGCAAGAUUGACGUAAUAAUAAGAAGGCUUGGAGGUGCGUAUGGAUUGAAAAUUACAAGGGCCACUCAACAAGCUGUGGCGUGCAAUCUCGUAGUGUAUAAGCUCAACAGGCCAUGUAGGUUUAUACAGUCAAUGCGGACAAACAUGAGAGCCGUUGGUAAAAGAUUACCAAAUUCGACAGAUUUUGAGGUAGGCGUGAACGAUCAGGGUGUAAUCCAGUAUAUAAAUUUUUCUAUAUAUGCGGACAAUGGAUACAUAUACAAUGAAAAUUUCACUUACUAUGGCAUGGACGCGUAUUACAAUUGCUACGAUCGAGGACCUUGGAACUAUACUUCAUACAAUACCGUUACAGAUACAGCCUCCAAUACUUGGUGUCGCUCUCCCGGUACAUUGGAAAAUGUCGUUGCCACUGAAAUGAUACUGGAACAAAUAGCUUACGAAUUGGGUUUGGAUCCUCUGAAUGUUCGACUAGCUAAUUUAGACAGAGCGAGAAGUAGCGCCGUUCAAGAAAUGACAGACAUUAUUAUAGAAAGAUCUAACUACAGAGAAAGGAGAGAAAGUGUAGAAAAGUUUAACAAGGAGAAUCGAUGGAAAAAACGUGGGCUUAGAUUCACUUUUCUAAGAUGGUCACCAGUUGGGAAUCAGUACUACGACGUUAAUCUUUGUGUGUACCAUGAGGAUGGAACAGUAUGUAUAUCUCAUGGUGGUGUAGAAAUGGGACAAGGCAUUAAUACUAAAGCAGCGCAAAUAUGCGCUUAUUAUUUUAAAAUACCAAUAGAGAAGAUUCAGGUAAAACCUAAUGACACGGUAAUAACUCCUAACUGCUUUACUACUGGAGGUAGCUUAACGACUCAAAACACUGGCAUAGGAGUUCAAAAAUGUUGUGAGCAGAUUCUCCUUAGAUUGGCUCCCUUAAGAGCAAGAAUGGGUGAUGUUUCUUGGGAAGUGCUAGUAAGAGCUGCCUUUACUGCAGAUAUCGAUUUACAAGCACAUGCAAUCGUCAAUGCUUUAGACACAGAAAAUAUAGAUGUUUAUGGAGUAACAUUAUCUGAAGUUGAAAUAGACGUACUGACAGGAGAGCAUGAAAUAAAAAGAGUCGAUUUGAUGGAAGACACUGGUCGCAGUACGAACCCUGAUAUAGACAUUGGUCAAAUUGAAGGAGCGUUUAUUAUGGGAGUCGGUUACUGGACUUGCGAGGAAAUGGUCUACGAUCCUCCAACUGGAGAGGUGCUUACUGACCGUACUUGGGAGUAUCAUGUUCCACAAGCUAGAGAUAUUCCGCAGGACUUUAGAGUAUCUUUUCGUAAAGGUUCUUAUAGCACGCCCAGAUUAUUUGGUGCAAAAGUCGUAGGAGAGCCAGCUACGUGUAUGGGUGUCGGUAUCGCUUUAGCUUUAAGAGAAGCUAUCACUGCAGCUAGGACUGACUCUGGCAUAUCAAGUAGAAUUUGGUAUGAAAUUGAUGGCCCAUAUACUGUGGAAAAAAUCUACUUAAACUGUGCUACAAAGAAGGAACAGUUUAAGUUUUACUAA